AUGGACCAAAUGACAGACUCGAACAAUGUUGAUAGGUCAGAAAUUCCAAAAUCACCAAAUGAUUAUGUCAAAAAUCAGGUCUGUUACAUUAGCAUCCCCAAAUUGAAAUUUCAUUCAAAAUAUUUACCAACAAUCGUUAUUCAAUCUGUACACAUUUUAUAAUCGCUAAUUCUAAAUGUGUACACCACGUUUAGAACCCGUGAAAAUUGAUGUUUACUGUGGUAGUGCUAAUGUAACGUUAUUCCAACAUCCCACUUUUAGAUUCUGAGUAAAGCUGUGAAGCUUAUAAUUUUACAAAGAUGUUUAUUUUUUAUUUUUUGUUCUGUAGACAACUUUUCUACCAAAGAUCUUGCUCUGAAUUUUAUGUGGUGUAUUUUUUCUAAAAAUAAAUCACUAUGGGGAGGUACUUUAAGGACUUCAUUUUUCGAUUUUCUCAAGAGUUUUCUCAUUAAAUGCCAAAAACCGAAAAAAAAAACUGGAAAAACGUAGAUAAAACGGGAUCUAUUUUAAUUUUGAAAUUGGAAUAAUUAGAAUUUUACCUAAUAUAACAUAUAUAUUGUUGGCAAAGCAGCAUUAUUAACAGAACUUCGUUCAGAAUAACUUUUUUGUUAGCAAUAGUUUAUCGUACAGGUUUACAUUAAAUACUUAUAUCAGUGGCUACACCCAACUCCAUUUUCUUAGACGUCAUUUUUACAAUACAUCUAUCGACUUAAAAAUUGCAUCAAUAACAACAAAUUGCUAUUCUGUUUGUACAAAUUUAUAAUUCUCAGUCUCCAUUUUGAAAAAUUAUACUUAAAUUUCAUAAAAUGUUUGAAAAUGUUAAAAACUGUAAAAACAUAUUGAAAAUUAAGUCUGGUUUUAAAAUGACCUACAUUGUCGUAGUCUACAUAACAGUUUUUACACCACUCUACGACGAUUCUUUGAUUUUACAAACCGAUGAACUAAUAACAAUAUUUAUUAUUCAUAUAGGUAAAUAUUCAUAUUUUGAUAAUUUCAUAGAUUUUUAUCGUUUUCUGAACCUGUCAGAUUAUACUAUUACAGAGUUAUAAAAAAUAUAAACACUCGUAUAUACCUAUUUAUAACCUACAUAUACCUACAUAUUAUUAUAUGUAAAUAAAAAAUAAAUAGGUAAAUAAAAUUGGAACCGACAAAUUAUCUUCUAACAAAUAUCGGUUCCUGUUUAGAUUUAAUAUUUUCAAUAGGUUCCGGUUAGAAUACCAGCAUUUUUAAUUACCAAAAACAUAAGUGUGAUAUUGAUAUUAUUGUGAUUAAUUUACAUUAGUGUGUAAUAGCAGUUAGAAAUCUAUAGUUAUUGUAAUAUACGUAAUAAUUACGCAUAAUACAAGUGUAAUCAAAAUCAAAUAAUUAUAUACAUAUUCAACCAAAAAAAUUUGGUUGGAAUAUUUGUAUUAUAGGUAUCUAAACCUGUACAGUGUACGUAUUGAUAAAUCACCAUAUUUCAUAUUAUUUUAGGAAAUAUUUCACUAAACGCCAGAAAGUUUCAUUAGAUACCAUUUCUGGUGAAGAAUCAUCAGUACUGGCAACACUGGACUCAAAAAUUGGUAGCGGUGACGCGUACGACAGAUCGUCGACGAAGAAAGCUUUGAGGAGGGGCUACAAGGCCUUGCUGCGGAUGCGGGUGGCCGCCCUGAGGUCCGCCAAGUCGUUGGCCCGCCAACGGAUGCCGGCGCACACCCGGAGGGACAUGGAGAAGCGUUACGCAGACCUAAUGAAAAGAGUGGCAGUGACCACUGUGAUGAUAGACGCUGCUGUCGCGGACGCUGAUAAAGACAACGAUUCCGCAGUCCGGAUCGACAGCAAUAAUGAGCUCGUUUUGCACGCGGCUUCCCUGUUGGCCAGUGUUUACAGUCUCGAAAGAAAACUGAAUGCCAUAGUCGAGGAACGAGACCGGUUGGUGGCCGGCGAAACUAAUGACGAGGGCCUGGGCCAUUUUAUCCGCAACCUAUUUCAAUGA